AUAUCAGCGACGCCUUUGUUAUGUUAAUAACCCCCUGACAUCAUUGGACUUCAAAGGAGGUUAUGGAGUCGAUAUAACGAGGUCCUGCCGCUACACAGACAGACAGAGAGAGAGAGAGAGUGGUGUUCAGAUGAACUCAGUGCAGAGACAGAGUGGGGCUGUGUAUCAGAAGGCAACUUUCAGUAGUGACUCCAGAAUGGAUGGGCUCCUUUAGAUUUGGAAUAAACCACGAAGAAAUCUCUGUGCAGACACCCCGGGACUGAAGGUUCAUCUCGAUACAGAGCGGGCCCGGGACCUAUUCAGAUUUGGAGGGGGUCUGGGACGAGGUUCCUCCUGUUGGUUUGGUUCUGACACUGUUGGCAGAAUGAGAGUGGCACUUGGCUGUGUGCUGGCAUCUAUCUGUACCCUCCUGCUCAACUCGAGGGUCUGCCAUGCCAUUCGAUGGCUUGCUCUGGCCAGGACUGACCCAGGAAUGGCCCUCAACCAGACCCAGAACUGCAAGCACCUGGAAGGGCUGGUCUCAGCUCAGCAGCAGCUCUGCCGGAGUAACCUGGAGCUCAUGCAGAGCAUCAUCCAGACAGCCCGGGAGGUCAAGAAAACCUGCCAGAAAACCUUUUCUGACAUGAGGUGGAACUGCUCUUCAAUCGAACUGGCUCCCUACUUCUCACCAGACCUGGAGAGAGGUACCAGAGAGUCCGCCUUUGUCUACGCUCUCUCCGCUGCUGCUAUCAGCCAUACCAUAGCCAGGGCCUGCACCACAGGAGACCUUCCUGGCUGCUCCUGUGGACCGCUAGCCUCUGAGGCUCCCGGGCCGGGGUUCCGAUGGGGUGGCUGCAAUGACAACCUGAAUUACGGGAUAGUGCUGGGAUCCAAGUUCUCCGAUUCACCGAUGAAGAUGAAGAAGUCCGGAUCGCAAGCGAACAAGCUGAUGAACCUGCACAACAGUGAGGUUGGGCGCCAGGCCCUGAAGGCAUCCCUGGAGAUAAAGUGCAAGUGUCACGGAGUCUCAGGCUCAUGCUCGGUGAAGACGUGCUGGAAGGGGCUGCAGGAGCUCAGCAGCAUUGCCCAGGACCUUAAGCUGAAGUACCUGUCUGCCACCAGGGUGGUCCAUCGCCCAGUGGGCACCCGCAAACAGCUGGUCCCCAAGGACAUUGACGUCAGGCCCAUCCGCGAGAGUGAGCUGGUAUACCUGCAGAAUUCACCGGACUUCUGUUCGAGGAACGAGAAACUGGGCUCCAAUGGAACUCAAGAGAGGCAGUGCAACAAAACAUCCAAUGGCAGUGACAGCUGUACCCUGAUGUGCUGUGGACGGGGCUACAACCCUUACAUGGAGAAGGUGGUGGAGCGUUGUCACUGCAAGUACCACUGGUGCUGCUACGUGACGUGCAAAAGGUGUGAGAGGAUAGUGGAGAGAUACGUCUGCAAGUGACCCCUUUGCCCCUUCUAACCCCCCCCCCCCUCACCCAACCCCACAACCCUCGCUGCGAUUGCCAACCCUCCACUAAGCAAAGCCCCCAUCCUGAAUGCUCUUUCGGAAAGAUCUGCAGGGACACUGGAUGCAAUAAAUCGACGAGGCACUCCUUGAAUGUGUCAGCUUCCUGGGUUCCACCUUUCACCUGGCUCUCUGCCAAUGCUCUGCAGACGUUACUUGUGGCGAACAUGCUGGUUAACAUUCUUUCGCAAAGCCCAGUCUUGCUUCUCUCUGGGCCUGAAGGAGGAGGAGAGGAAGGAAAAUGUCAGCAAAGGGAAACCGUUGUUGGGGGCAUUGACGAUUGUUUGAUCUUCCACUGUACUAGCCCCACUCCCCACUUCACCCGACCUCCUGGCCCAAGGGGAACCCCCUCCCAAUCACUCCAGCACCUGUUCUCUCUUCCCCCACCCUUCCACCUCCCCCCCCACUGCCCCACCCCAUGAUGAUAAAUGUGGUUAGUGGGCGGGUGGGGAGGGAGCGUGAAUGUGACCACCUCGAGGAACUGCUACAGCUCGGCCCAGAGUUGGAUUUCACCUUGACGCUGGAGAGAGCAGAAAGGUUCCCAUCGACAGCGGUGGGUGCGGGAUGUUGGCUGGUGAAGGAGCAAAUCGAGGACAACAUUCCCUGGAAGCAGAGGGAAAUCCGGCCUGCGGGCAGAGGUGAAGCCGGCAGAAUCGGGAUGGGGGUGUGGGAAGGGGGAAUAGACAGAAUGGUACAUGCCAAGGAACAGGCCACACAAGACGGAGCUUCAAAUCAGGAGUGGGAAUAUCUGGGAGAACCCAGAUAGCUCAAACAGUUUCCAGAGCGCCUCUGUCCUUUCAGUUGUAGGGAUCCGGGCAUCUCCAGGUACAGGAAUCAUAAUUUUUCAUUGGAAUCAGAUACUUGCCAAACUCCCAAACAGUUGCAAUGGCAAACAGGAAUUUCACAGCUCUCUGGCAGUGACUGUACAUAUGUAAUCUGUAAAUAGAUUUUCUACUACUGGCUACAAGAUAAUUUUUUUUAAAUCUUGAAAAAAAAUAAUAUUUAUAAGACUUUAGAAUUCUAAGU